AUGAUUGUGAGGUGUACAACUGUCCAUGAAUGUGAUUUGAGGUUCGUAAGUGACAAGCAUCGUCAAGCAACCGCAGCACUUGUAGCCACUUCACUUAAAAGGAAGUUGAAGGAUUCUCGGACAAUAUACACACCAAGUGACAUUAUGAGAGAUGUGAAACACAACUUUGGUUGCACCAUCCAUUAUUCGAAAGCUUGGAAAGCAAGGGAGUUAGCUCUAUUGUCCAUUAGAGGAUCAACGGAGGAGGCAUAUUAUAUCCUUCCAGCUUAUUACUAUGAAUUGGAGCGUAUGAAUCCCAGCACAAAAACACACAUCCAAACUGAUGAGAACAAUCACUUUGUGUAUUUAUUUAUGGCGGUUGGCGCAUGUAUUAGAGGGUUCCGUUCUUCCAUGCGCCCAGUGAUAGCCGUGGAUGCCACUCAUUUAAAAUCCAAGUACAAGGGUGUUAUGUUUGUAGCAAAUGCAUUCGAUGGUAAUCGAAAUAUAUAUCCUCUUGCUUUUGGGAUCGGAGAUUUGGAGACGGAUGCAUCAUGGCAUUGGUUUUUCACUAAACUUCAUGAAGCCUUUGGUGAGUGUCCCAAUCUUGUUAUUAUUUUUUAUCGCAAUGUUAGCAUAGAGAAUGCUGCGAAAUCUUAUUCCAUUGCUGAAUUUGAUUGUCAUUUUCACAAGAUCAAGCGAAAGGAACAUGUUGCUCAAUAUCUUGAAGAGGCAGGGUUACAUAAGUGGUCUAGAGCUCACAUGGAUGGACACCGCUACAAUGUAAUGACAACAAAUAUUACGGAGUCAAUCAACUCAGUCCUUAGGUUUGCAAGGAUGCUGCCAGUGGUUCAUUUGAUAGGGGAAAUUGUUAAUCUCCUUGUGAAAUGGUUCACCGAACGUCGUGAGUUGGCUUUGAAUUGCACAACAACAUUGUACCCUAAUUUUGGAGAGAAGAAGUUGAGGAACAGGUUGGAGGAUGCUGCAAGGAUGAAUGUAGUUAAAGUAAAUAAUGCACAGUUUAAUGUUUUGGACUGUGAUAUGGACGGCCUCGUAGAUUUGACGAACAACAGUUGUAGUUGUAGAAAGUUUCAGCUUGAGCAGCUACCUUGCAAGCAUGUAGUUGCAGUUUGCCACUUCUUGAAAGUAAAUGUAUACACAAAGGCUUCUCGGUAUUACACUCGGAAAACCUGGAUGGAUGCUUAUUCGGAUAGCAUCUACCUGGUACAACCUCACGGAAUGUGGGAUAUUUCUGAAGAUGUUCGAAGUCGAGUUGUGCUGCCUCCCAUGGCAAGGGUCAUGCCAGGCAGAUGA